AUGAAUGAUCAGGUGGAAGAAAACUGCAAGAAAAGCAAUUCUGCCCAGGAAACACCUGCAGAAGGAAAUGUGUCUCCUGCUAAGGACUGCAGAACAACACAAAAACAACUGCAACAACUUGAGAAACAAUUAAAAUACUUAGCCUUUCAAAAUCCAGGACCUCAGGUAGCUGACUUCAAUCCGGAAACUAGAGAGCAGAAAAAGAAAGCGCGCAUGUCACAGAUGAAACAAAAUUCUUUUUAUAAGUCCAAAAUUACAAAGAAGUAUGACAAACAUGGCAGGCUGCUUUGUAAUAACGUUGAUUUGUGUGAUUGCCUGGAAAAGAACUGCCCAGGUUGCUUCUAUCCUUGCCCCAAAUGCAAUUCAAACAAAUGUGGACCAGAAUGUCGCUGCAACAGGAAAUGGGUUUAUGAUACAAUUGAGACUGAAGCUGGGAAUGUGAUCAGUGUGUUGCCAUUUUUUGUCCCUGACUGA